CUGCUCUCGCGGCAGUUCAGACCUCGUGCUCGUCCCCCUCGCCUGUCUGUGUGUGGUAUCCGCAGGUCCGGGGCACUUUUUUUGGUGUGUGUGUAUGUGUGUGUGUUGGGUGUGUGUUUAGGGGGUUUGUCGGGGCGCGGAGAGGAGAGCCGGGCUGAGGGGAAGGAAGGAAGCUGCAGAGCUCCUCGGUCUCGGGCUGCGUCUCCUCUCCAGCGCUCUCCUCCUGCGCGCUCCGAGGCGGCGGCGGCGCCGAGCGCUCCUCGCUGGGGACGCGGCGUUCGAGCUGGGAGCAGCGAGGACCCCUUUGCGGAGGCUUCCUGUGCCCACUGGAGUUAGGAUGCCUGGAAGGUUGAUUUGCACCUACUGAGCCCGGAGUUUCCUCCUCGGCCCUGGGAAGGCUUGCAGCGGCGGCAGCGGCGGCAGUAGCAGACGGAACAGCAGGCUCUCCUCUCCGAGGGGGGGCGUCGAAGCGCCCGCGCCAGGCUCCCGCCCUUACCCUCCGGCGCUCCUGCGGCCCCAAGCCGCCACCUCGGUGCCUGCCUCCUUCCUCUUCUCGCCGAGAGCCGCCUCUGGGAUCGGACCCGGGCGCUCCGGAUGCUGGGGCUGCCCCGGCGCGCCCCCCUCCCGGCGCGACGCGCUGAGUGAUCCGGCGGGGGCCAGCGCUCGCCCUAGGAGGGGCCCCCGGCCUCGGGACCCCGCGCCGGACCCGCCGGGGAGACGACGAUGUCCGCGCAGCCCCCGGCUCUGACGCGCUCCACGCAGCCGGGGGAAGGCGGCCGGCCGCAGCCCGCCGAGCCCUAGGCGCACAAAGCCCGCGCCCGCCGCCCGGCCUCGGCGCCCGCCGACGACUUUGCCGCCUGCUCCACGGCUCUUUGUCUCCACUUGGGGCGGGCGCCCGACUCUGGGAUUUCGCUGCGAGAGCGGGCUGGGGGGGCCGGGGGCGAGCUCUCGGUUUCCCGGCCGCCCCCCGCUCGGGCUUGGCUCCCCCCUCCCCCGCACCUCCCCGGCCCGGGCUCUCGGCGCUUCCACGCUCUUGGAAUCACGACCCCUCCCUGCCAUGUAUCCGCAAGGCAGACAUCCGGCUCCCCAUCAACCCGGGCAGCCGGGAUUUAAAUUCACGGUGGCUGAGUCUUGUGACAGGAUCAAAGACGAAUUCCAGUUUCUCCAAGCUCAAUAUCACAGCCUCAAAGUGGAGUACGACAAGCUGGCGAACGAGAAGACGGAGAUGCAGCGCCAUUAUGUCAUGUACUAUGAGAUGUCCUAUGGCUUGAACAUUGAAAUGCACAAGCAGACAGAGAUUGCGAAGAGACUGAACACGAUUUUAGCACAGAUCAUGCCUUUCCUGUCACAAGAGCACCAGCAGCAGGUGGCGCAGGCGGUGGAACGUGCCAAGCAGGUCACCAUGACAGAGCUGAACACCAUCAUCGGGGUACGUGGACUCCCCAAUCUGCCUCUCACCCAACAGCAGCUCCAGGCGCAGCACCUCUCCCACGCCACGCACGGUCCCCCGGUCCAGUUGCCACCCCACCCGUCAGGCCUCCAGCCUCCAGGGAUCCCCCCGGUGACGGGAAGCAGCUCGGGGCUGCUGGCGCUUGGUGCCCUGGGCAGCCAGGCCCACCUGACGGUGAAGGACGAGAAGAACCACCAUGAGCUGGACCACAGAGAGAGAGAAUCCAGUGCGAAUAACUCAGUGUCCCCCUCGGAAAGCCUCCGGGCCAGUGAGAAGCACCGAGGCUCCGCAGACUAUAGCAUGGAGGCCAAGAAGCGGAAAGCAGAGGAGAAGGACAGCCUGAGCCGAUACGACAGUGACGGGGACAAGAGUGAUGAUCUGGUGGUGGAUGUUUCCAAUGAGGACCCAGCGACGCCUCGGGUUAGCCCGGCACACUCCCCUCCUGAAAAUGGGCUGGACAAGGCCCGUGGCCUGAAAAAGGAUGCCCCCACCAGCCCAGCCUCGGUGGCCUCCUCCAGCAGCACACCUUCUUCCAAGACCAAAGACCUUGGUCAUAAUGACAAAUCCUCCACCCCUGGGCUCAAGUCCAACACGCCAACUCCCAGGAACGAUGCUCCGACUCCAGGCACCAGCACGACCCCAGGGCUCCGGUCGAUGCCGGGCAAACCCCCAGGCAUGGACCCGAUAGCCUCGGCCCUGCGCACGCCCAUCUCCAUCACCAGCUCCUACGCGGCGCCCUUCGCCAUGAUGAGCCACCAUGAGAUGAACGGCUCCCUCACCAGCCCCAGUGCCUACGCCGGCCUCCACAACAUCCCGCCGCAGAUGAGUGCGGCUGCCGCCGCCGCUGCUGCCGCCUAUGGCCGGUCACCAAUGGUGAGCUUUGGAGCUGUUGGUUUUGACCCUCACCCCCCGAUGCGGGCCACAGGCCUGCCUUCAAGCCUCGCCUCCAUUCCUGGCGGAAAACCAGCAUACUCUUUCCACGUGAGCGCCGACGGCCAGAUGCAGCCCGUGCCCUUCCCCCACGACGCCCUGGCAGGCCCCGGCAUCCCCAGGCAUGCCCGGCAGAUCAACACACUCAGCCACGGGGAGGUGGUAUGUGCUGUGACGAUCAGCAACCCCACGCGGCACGUCUACACAGGGGGCAAGGGCUGCGUGAAGAUCUGGGACAUCAGCCAGCCGGGCAGCAAGAGCCCCAUCUCCCAGCUGGACUGCCUGAACAGGGACAACUACAUCCGCUCCUGCAAGCUGCUCCCUGACGGGCGCACGCUCAUUGUGGGCGGCGAGGCUAGCACGCUCACCAUCUGGGACCUGGCCUCGCCCACGCCCCGCAUCAAGGCCGAGCUGACAUCCUCAGCUCCCGCCUGCUAUGCCCUGGCCAUCAGCCCCGACGCCAAAGUCUGCUUCUCCUGCUGCAGCGAUGGGAACAUUGCGGUGUGGGACCUGCACAACCAGACGCUGGUCAGGCAGUUCCAGGGCCACACGGAUGGGGCCAGCUGCAUAGACAUCUCCCACGACGGGACCAAGCUGUGGACUGGGGGCCUGGACAACACUGUGCGCUCCUGGGACCUGCGGGAGGGCCGGCAACUGCAGCAGCAUGACUUCACCUCCCAGAUCUUCUCGCUGGGUUACUGCCCCACCGGGGAGUGGCUGGCCGUGGGCAUGGAGAGCAGCAAUGUGGAGGUGCUGCACCACACCAAGCCCGACAAGUACCAGCUACACCUGCAUGAGAGCUGCGUGCUCUCCCUUAAGUUCGCCUACUGCGGCAAAUGGUUUGUGAGCACUGGGAAAGAUAACCUUCUCAAUGCCUGGAGGACGCCAUAUGGAGCCAGCAUAUUCCAGUCUAAGGAAUCCUCGUCUGUCUUGAGUUGUGACAUUUCGGCGGAUGACAAAUAUAUUGUAACAGGCUCUGGUGACAAGAAGGCCACGGUUUAUGAGGUCAUCUAUUAAACAAGGACUCUAACAGGGCUGUCAAACUCUGGGAGAAACAGACUCGGCUGUGACAGGGAGACCCCGGCGAGGGGCCCCGAGGAUGGCGGAGGACAGGCGGCGAGCAGCUGAGCGUUCCGGGGCUGCGCUCUGGCAGGCUGGGGGGCACAUGCCCCGUCACGGUCCGGACUCCUGGGCAUGGAUUGAUGUGUCUCACGGACUCCGAUGGAUUUCUCUUCUCUUCCUCCCCGUUGACAAUCCUGGCAGAUGCUACCAAUAGAUUUAUUUGGAGGCUCGUGGCUCCAGCUCCCCACAGACACCCUCAUGAAUCUCUGUCUUUCCUUCCCCUUUCUUUUGACCUGUCCCCCUGCCCGGGGUCGGGGACGCUGGAGUGGACCACACAUUUGUGCUGGGGGCCCUCAUUUUCCCGAUUGUGCAGCGCACAAGAUUUGUGAAAAGUGUAAAUAGACUCCUAUCGCGGACUGGUCAGUGGGGGAGGAGGCCCCCUCCCACCAGAAACGCGAGCCGUGUAUUCGCCUGCUGUAUUUGUAAUCCACUCGCGGUGGUGGCUUUUUUUUUUUUUUGUAAACAGAAGCUCCCAUCUGGGAAGGGGAGGCAGAGAGGGAGAGCACAAUGGAGAGGGGAUAGAAUGGGGAGAAAAUCUUGGGGUGGAGGAAGGGAGCUGUAGCUGGUUGCCAGACUGAGCAUUAGGUACCCCCUGGAAUGAGUGUGCCUCCCUCCCCGGGGACUUAGGGACUUGGGUCUGAGAAGCGUCAGGAUUGAGCGCCAUGCAGACUGAUGGAUGGACAGUGCUUGAGACAGACGGACAGUGCUUGAGACGGGGCCAGCCUGGGCUGACAUCAAGAGAAACGGUCAGAUUCUUCUGUGGCCUCUCAAGCUCCUCUGUCUGCCUGCCUCUUGCCCUCUGUCCUCUCCCUCUCUCAGGUGUCUGACUCUCUCUCUCUCCCCACUCUCCCUUUCCCUUUCUCUCCCCCUCUUCCCCUCUCUCCUCCUGGCUUCGUUGGUCUCUCUCUGUAGUGCACACUUGGUUAUCGUGAUGAGAAAUGGAAGUUCACAGGAACUCCAUCUCCGGCCCUUAAUCUUCAGACACAACCUAAAAAGGACAAAAAGUUAGAGGAAAGCAUAGCAACUCAGCUCAGGGAGCUACCAGAGAAAAAUAGCAACUGAUGUGGGUGCUUUUUUUUUUUUUUUUAAUUUGAAUAAAAAGAAUUAGAAGUGAUGUCCUUUUAUAAAAUGCCUCUCCCCUUUUCCUGCCUGUGCCCCCAUCCUCGCUCCCUGGAGGGGAAAAGUGUGUUAACCUGCAGGGUUGUGGGUCUGAAAGGAUUACCCCCCAACCCACCUGGGCUGGCGGCGGGGGCUGAGGGCUCGGGUGGGGGUGGGGCACAAGUCCCGGCACACUGUGGUGACUUCUGGCCACUUUCAUUCUCUCUGGAGCCCAGACAGGUUACAGGUAGAAUAUUGUCUUCUGCAGGUACCACUUAUUGGUACCAAAAUGUUCUGAGGUAUUAGGAUUUGGGUUGCUUUUUUUUUUUUCCUUUUGGUCUUUUUUUUUCCUUCUUUUAAGGAAAAGCUAAAGGCCGUUGUGAGUCCUGGUGGUGGGCUCUCCGUGGAUGUAGCAUAUGGAAGAUAAUUUUUAUACUGCAUUUUUAUGGAUUAUUUUAUAAUGUGUGAUUCUGUCUGGUGAGAAGGAAGGAGGAGCCCCGGUGAAAACGGCCGUCUUCAGGGACGUGGAGGCCACCGCCUGGCAAGGCGCCCUGUACCUUUUCGGAAGUGGAGGGUGUCUAGAAUCUCUCUCUCUCUCUCUCUGGCUCUCAAAUGUUCGUCUGCUCCCUCUUGUGAAGGCUCUAGCCACAAGGGAGGGCGAGGGUAGAAGAAAGUUGAUUCCUGAAGAAAAAAAUGAAAAGUCAUUGUAAUGAGCUGUUUUUAUAUUUUUAAAAGUUACUAUUUAAAGGUU